UUCAUUUCUUCUCCUUCCUCCUCUUCCUCUUCUAUUUGUACGGAUCAGACUCCAUAGAUGCGCUUUUGAUCAGAAAUUUCCCUCCCAGAGAGAGAGAGUGAUUGCAGAGGACCAAUCACGGAAGUGAUCAGUGAUGGCAGAGGUUGAAGGUUCGAGCGCCGUGACGACGAUGAUCGAUGAGACUUACGAGUUCGCAGCGCCCCGGUUCUUCGACUUCAUUAAUGGAGAAACAGAAGAGGACAGGUGCAGGGCUGAACUCUGGUUCGACUCCACCCUCAGCUACGGCCCUUCCCCUUUCAUGGCGAGGAUCCGGACAGGAAGAUCGAUUAAAGUUGAAGCUUUGUGUGAUUUCGAGGAUGCGGAGAAUGAACAGAAGGGAUUGGAAUCAUCUGGCUCAUCGGCUACCGGUUGUUCCUUGGAAGCUAAGGGGCAAUCCCAGGUAGAAGUUAAACUUGAAGAAGCCAAUGAACAGAAGGGUGGCAAUGAGGUAUCUGUUGAUGGAGAAACGAACAAAUUGGACCAAGUCACUCAAGCAAGUGAAAGCAUUUCAAUUGGACGAAAACUGGAAGCUGUGGUGACUGAUAAUAAAGAAAACAUCAGACCUGCUAUACAAGCUGGAGCAGAAGGGCAGACUCCUAAACCGUCGAUGGCCACUCGAAAUGGAGAUGCAGUACUAACUGGUUCCAAGAAGCAUCUGACAGCUAAAAAAAUAGCUAGUUUGAUAAGAAAUCCAUCUGCACUGAAGCCAAAGGUCCCUUUGCAGUCUGCACAAGCCAAAACCCCCAAACCUGCGAGUGCUAUGAGAAACACAAAUGUGAAGAACGGUGCUGCAACCCCCAACUUAGCUCAAGAAAACCAGGCUGUCAAAAGACAGAAGUUGGAGGGAGGAAAGUCCAGACAGAUUCUCAAUGUCAAACCCCCGGUUUUGCCUCACAAGUCAAAAACGGGUCUAUAUAGUGGCAGUUCCAGCAUAAGCAGUUCAAUUAUGAGUAAUAAAGCUACCAAGAAGGAGGGGAGAAAGGUUUACGUGAGGGAGCCAUCAACACACUUCAUUUCAACAGCAGAGAUGGUCAAGAAGUUCCAAUCGAGUACCAGGGACUUGUCACGGCCCAGUGCUAAUAAUUCUCUUACACAUGAUGCUGCUGCUUCACUUGCACAGGGUAAGCCUAAAUUGACCCUUACAAGGCCGAAGGAGCCAGAACUCGAAACAAGCCAACGGAUUCGGUCAGUCAGAGUAAAGAGCACUGCAGAGCUGGAGGAAGAGAUGAUGGCUAAAAUUCCAAAAUUCAAGGCUCGACCGCUGAACAAGAAGAUUCUGGAUGGUCCAGCUUUGCCAGCAGUACAAAGAAGCACACCUAAGCCACCAGAAUUUCAGGAGUUCCAUCUUGAGACUAUGGCACGGGCCAACCAGAAUGCGGAGUCAGCUUCUGUUGCCUCCACAGAGACAUCUCGCCAGCAUAAUAACCAAUGGAGACCACAUCUCACCGAACCUCAAACCCCGAAUCUUCAAACAUCUUUAAGGGCCCGUCCACCAAAGGUGAAAAGUUCCAUUGAACUCGAGCAGGAGGAGCUUGAAAAGGUCCCAAAAUUUAAGGCAAAGCCUCUGAAUAAAAAGAUUCUUGAGAGCAAAGGGAAUUUGGGUGUGUUCUGUAAUACAAAGAAACUUUUGACGAGACCGCAAGAGUUUCACUUUGCGACAGAUGAAAGGUUUCCGCAGCCUUCUGCUGUGUUUGACUUAUUUGACAAGCUUUCAUUGAAUUCAGAACCUCGACACAACAAUCCAAUACCAAGGAACACAAACCCGAAUCCUUUCCAUCUUCAUACAGAGGAAAGAGGAGCUGAGAAAGAGAGGAAAUUUAUCACCGAGUUGAUGCGAAAGCAAUGGGAGGAUGAAAGAACCCGGGUUCCUAAAGCCAACCCAUAUCCAUAUACAACUGAUUACCCUGUGGUUCCCCCAAAACCAGAACCCAAGCAGUGCACCAAACCCGAGCCUUUCCAACUGGAAAGUUUGGCAAGACACGAAGAGGAACUUCAGAGGGAGAUGGAAGAAAGGAGGAGGAAGGAGAAAGAGGAGGCCCAGAUGAGGAUCUUCAGGGCGCAACCUAUACUCAAAGAGGAUCCGAUUCCGGUACCUGAGAAAGUGCGAAAACCCCUCACAGAAGUUCAGGUGUUCAAUCUCCAUGUGGAUAGCAGAGCAGUCGAAAGAUCGGAAUUUGAUCAGAAGGUCAAGGAGAAAGAAAUGAUGUAUAAGAGAUACAGAGAAGAGAAUGAAGCAAUGAGAAUGAUGGAGGAGGAAAAGGCGUUGAAACAGCUGAGACGGACGAUGGUUCCCCAUGCAAGGCCAGUCCCGAAUUUCAGCAAUCCGUUCUGUCCCCAAAAGUCUUCCAAGGAGCCGACCAAGGCAAAGUCGCCGCACCUGAGAGUCAUUAGGAGGAAGGAGAAGAGGAAAACGGCUACGGUUACUCCUCCCAUGUCUAGCGCAGCCGCUCUCAUGAGAUGAUCUGCCUUGACCUUUUGUAAGAAACAUCCCAGUAGUCGUUCAAGAACACUUGAACUAGAAAGGAGGGGAAUGUUGUAAAUCUUUUCAUAUCAUCAUCAUUCUUAGAGGUGGUCCGACCCCGAUCUUAUUCUUUCCGUAUCAAUGUUGUAUUUCUUAGAGAGCGUUUGGUCAUUAUUCUUUUGACAUCAAUUGUUGUAAUUCUUUCUAAGUUACUUCUUUGCUGGAAAUAUAUAAUUACACUAUUUGUAGUAGCAGCAGCAGGAUCACGUCAAAUGAAUCAAAUCGUUCAGGUCA